ACCGUGUACCCAUUCAACCGUUGUCUGGUACACUCUAGUGACACAUAGGCUCCACCGGCCGGCUGAAACAAUAUCGCUGCGCUGGAUCCUCUCCAAUUUGCGAACGCUGCAGCUAUACGGGGAAUCCCACCGACGGCGACGACGCAGUGCGAAGCCAUGGACAAAGCUGAGCCGGAGAAGCACCCGCUGGAUCUGAGCAUCGUACGGAACCUGAACCUGAACCAGAACGGUUUCGAGGCGUGCGGCCUGUCUGAGGCCCUGGCCACGGGAUACCGGAACGCAGCGCACGCCAUGCUUUGGGCUCCUGCCGACGUGCUCGUUAUGCAGCGCUACCAGCAGAAAGCAACAAUCCUGGCGGUGGUGCGCUUCGACGGUUACCUUGGCUUCCCUGGAGGCCUGGUGGACCCGGGCGAGAGCCCAGCGCAAGCCGUGAACCGGGAGCUGCGCGAAGAGCUGAACGCGGACACCUCUAGGUUCUGGGCCACCGAGGGCGACCACGUGAUCAGCUUCCGGCAGCAGGAGCGCCGCUUCGCGUGCCACUUCUACGCACUGCGCGUGUCGGCCGACGAGCUGCUGGCCACCGAGCGCGCCGCCAUCGGCAGCCGGGAGCACGGACACGAGACGCUGGGCAUCUUGCGGGUGCCCCUCUACACCAUGGCCGACGGAGUGCGGGGCCUGCCGGUGUUCCUCGCGCAGCGCUUCGCCGGAACCGCGCGCGAGCAGCUGCUCUACGCGGCCGUCAGGCUCGGCUUGCUGGACGAGGCCGCGGCGCGCACCGCCCUCGGCCAGAGCGAGACCGCGUUGGCCAAGAGCAGGUAGCACUCGCGGAAACGAAUGGGCUCCGCCGGAUUUCCACUGUGCAGCGAUUCGGGUGCCGGUGCAGUUAUGGACAGCGAUGAUCAAGUUUAGCCUGUCUGGCUUGAUUGCCGUGCGGGCCUGCCUUCUUUGUAGCUGGCGCGCGAACGAACGAAUAUUACGCACGCUUGUUAAUAUAUA